CAGGGGCAGACUGACCAUUUGGAAACUCGGGCACUGCCCGAGGGCCCGGGGUCAGUAGGGGGCCCCAUGAGAUGCCCCUGGUACCUUUUUCAUAGGCUUUUUUGAGUUUGGGCAAGGACACAGGGGCCCCAUGAUCCCCUAUUGCCUGGGGGCCCCAUGAGUUUUCAGUCCGCCCCUGUUUAUAUUAGACCUUACAUAAAAAUGUAACCUUCAAGCUGGAUUGACACCAGAGCAUAGCAGAAAAUCAU